AGCGAAGAUAGAGGACUAGAAGAGUUUUAAAAGGAAAAGAGAGUUUUCUGGUAGUGGUAAUCCAUAGCACGGGAGACAGUCACGGUCCACUUCUUCGAAGCUGCUCAACUCAACGGCAACAAUGCCCCCAGCGAUGGCAGUUAUCGGUAACACCUCAUUAUUCUCUAACCUCACGCUCUCUCCUUCGCUCAACCGCUCCACGCGCCUCUUCUUCAUCUCUGUUGCUUUCUCUCCCACCAACUUUCGCCUUCGAGCUGCCUCUGCUUCUUCUUCUCCUUCUUCCACUGCUACUUUCGUCGACACCAACCCAACCGAUUCCAUCGUUGCAGAGAAGGAGAAGGAGAAGGAGAACGAAGUGAAGCACAGCAGCAACUUAUUGGCUUGUCCGGUUUGUUACGACUCCUUGAAUUGGACUAGUCAUCCUUCCUUAUCAGUAGAUGCUAUAGCUGGGUCUAGUUUACAAUGUGGAACGUGUAAGAAAACAUAUGUUGGAAACCAAACGCAUCUAGACCUCACGGUAACAACCGGAGCCAAAAGCUAUGGUGAACCUAUGCCAUUUACCACAGAGUUUUUCAGGUUGCCAUUGAUAUCAGCUCUCUAUGAGAGAGGCUGGCGCCAAAGUUUUGUAUGGGGUGGUUAUCCAGGUCCUGAGAAAGAGUUUGAACUAAUGAAGGAGUUCUUAAAGCCAGUAUUGGGUGGAAAUAUCAUCGAUGCUAGUUGUGCAAGUGGAUUAUUUUCAAGAUUAUUUGCAAAGAGUGGAUGGUUUUCUUUGGUUGUUGCUCUAGACUACUCAGAAAACAUGUUGAAACAGUGUUAUGAACAUCACCUUGGUUAGAGCAGACAUAUCAAGACUCCCUUUUGUUUCAAGUUCUGUCGAUGCAGUGCAUGCGGGUGCAGCUCUCCACUGUUGGCCUUCACCUUUAGCAGCUGUAGCUGAAAUAAGUCGUGUUUUACGACCUGGAGGUGUCUUUGUUGCAACCACCAUAAUAAUUGAUGGGCCUUUCAUUGUUGUCCCAUUUAGAAGUACUUUCAGUCAGAGUUUUAAGCAAGUAUCCGGAAGUAACUUAUUUCUCUCUGAACGUGAACUUGAAGAACUCUGCAGUGCCUGCGGGCUGGUUGGAUUUAAAUGCAUCAGAAAUGGAUUUUUUGUGAUGAUUUCUGCUACCAAACCAAGUUAAGGUUUGAGUUUUCUGGUGCUGAUUCCUGUGCUACCUUAUAUACAUCUUACUGAAGGAUUUACACAGUUCAUUUGAUAAAUAAGUAGCAGAUCAUGAUAAUAUUUGCUCCAUUUAGCAAAAUUAAUAUAAGUCACAUACUUAUGUGCCAUAGAUGUCAUGAGUGAAUGCACCACUGCAUAAACAAGUCAUGGUGGAUUAUAGAUGUAAAUCUCAAAAUUCUUGAUUUAGAUGUAAAUAUGAUUACCCAUCAUAAUUCACUUUCAUUUUGCA